UGUAUAUGCGACUUCACGCGAGCAUCCUCGCCGCGUUCCACCUCCUCCGGCGCUGGCUCACGCGGGUCGUUGGCCCGCGCGCUGCGGCACUACUCCGCCACGUCCACGCUGCCACCGAGCCCCGCGCCGCUUCGAUCGCUGGCCAGCUUGGCCGCAUGUUUGUGCGGGUCAUGGGACCGAGCGCCGCAGUGGCCGCUCAUCACGUGCCCGAGGCGCCCGAGCGGGAGCACAGCGCGGAGCGGCUCGCUGCGCAGUCGCACCUUCGCCGGUCGAUCAUUCCGAGCACAGUCACGCGCCGGAUCUCUGACGGGCCAAUCACGAUUGGCGUCUGCUGCAUGGCCAAGAAGGCCAAGUCGGGGCCGAUGCUCGAGACGCUGGACCGGCUGCAGGCCUUCCGCGCCGACGGGCACGCCGAGUUCGCGGUCGUGUCCUUCGACGAGCGCAUGCUGCUCGAGGAGCCGGUCGAGUCGUGGCCCGUGUGCGAGGCGGGUUAACUAGUUAUUAAUUAGUUAUCCGUUAUUGAGUAGUGACUGAUUAGAAUUCGUCGUGGCCCGUGUGCGAGGCGCUGAUCGCCUUCCUUCUCAGCGGGCGCUGAUCGCCUUCUUCUCGGCGGGCUUCCCGCUGCAAAAGGCGCAGGCGUACGCCACGCUCCGCAAGCCGUUCGUGUUCAACGACCUGCAGAUGCAAGAGGUGCUCUUCGACCGGCGCGCCAUCUACGCAAAGCUCGAGGGGGUAGGGGUGCCCGUUCCGAAGCACGUCGUGCUCGAGCCGGGCAGCGCUGUGGUCGACGAGCAGGAGGACUACAUCGAGGAGGACUACAUCGAGGUGGACGGCGCCAGGCUGCAGAAGCCAAUCGUCGAGAAGCCAAUCUCAGGCGAGGAGGAAGACCACGACAUCCGCAUCUACUACCCGCGCUCCGCCGGCGGCGGCUCGAAGCGGCUCUUCCGCAAGGUUGGCGACAAGGCGUCCCAGUUCUACCCCGACGAGCAUGAGUCGCGCGCCACGUCGGGCGAGGCGUACAUCUACGAGGAGCUGCUUCAGACCGAGGGGACGGACGUAAAGGUGCACGCACACCAGGAGUACGCCCAGCACCGACCACCCGCAGCGCGCAAGUCGCCGGUCGUGGACGGCAAGGUGAUUCGCAACGCGCGCGGCAAGGAGCUGCGCUACCCGCUCAUCCUCAACAACGACGAGAAGGAGAUCGCGCGAAAGGUGGUCCUCGCCUUUGGCCAGACGCUGUGCGGCUUCGACCUGCUCCGAUCGGAGGGCCGCUCGUACGUCUGCGACGUCAACGGCUGGUCCUUUGUCAAGGACUCUCACAAGUUCUGGGCCGACUCGGCCAACCUCCUCCGCCAGUACUGCCUGCACGCCAUCUGCGCGGGAGACACCGCCCACCGUCCCCUCCCCUGCACGCCUCGCAAGGUGCCGCCGCCCAACCGGACAAUUCGAGACUCGGUGCUGCAAGACGUGGUGCCGCCCCGCGCCUCGCUGCAAGCGCCGACCGGCGCCGAGGAGUCGGAGCUGCUCUGCGUGAUCGGGCUGACGAGGCACGGCGACCGGACGCCGAAGCAGAAGCUAAAGAUGAAGACCACGGAGCCGCGCCUGCUCGCGCUGCUCGGCAAGAACAAGGACGCGCGCGCGGAGCUGAAGAUCAAGAAGAUCCGCGCCAUGGAGGAGCUCACCCAGAUCGUCUCGCGGCUUGUGGAGGAGAAGCUGCGCGCGGCGGACCCGUCCUCGGACAGGCACGAGGAGGACCUCGACAAGCUCCUCACGCUGACUCAGGUGCUGCAGUCGCACCCGUUCUCCGGCAUCAACCGCAAGGUCCAGAUCAAGCCCUCGAAGUGGGCUGCUGUACCGGAGGCGGGCUCAGCGGACGGCGGCGCCGCGCCCCCAGCCUCGCGCGAGGCGCUCUUCAUCCUCAAGUGGGGAGGCGAGCUGACGGCGCUCGGGGAGGCGCAGGCCGAGUACCUUGGCGCCAAGUUCCGCAACUCGCUCUACCCGGGGGACGAGGUUGGCGGCGGGGGGUUAAUUCAGAGUCACUCCACCUGCAGGCACGACCUCAAGAUCUACUCCUCGGAUGAGGGGCGCGUGCAGACGACGGCCGCCGCCUUCACCAAGGGCUUCCUCGACCUCGAGGGCGCCCUCCCCCCCAUCCUCGCGUCGCUCGUCUCCAAGGACAAGUCGGCGACGGCCAUGCUCGACGACACGAACGAGCAGGGCCGCCUCGGCAUGGACAGAUCAAAGGCGGCGCCCUCGACGGCGGCGGAGGGCGGCCUCGCCUCCGACUCCCUCCUCUCCGCCUGGCUGAGCGAGAAUGCAAAGGCGCCGCGCCAGGCGCUCGAGCGGCUGCACCAGCUAGUCGAGGAGCUCGAGCGGGAGCUACGCGGGGAGAUAUGGGGAGAUGUGGGGAGAUGCCCUCUCUCCUCCAAGGUUGCGGCACCGGCGAGGCAUUCCGCAGCCAACGGCAAGACGCCGCACCUCCAGCUCGGCCGAAGGAAGGUUGGGUGUGAGUUAGGCGAGACGCCGCACCUCCAGCUCGGCCGGUGGGCGCAGCUGCACAAGGACCUGUACAGCUCGCGCAAGGAAGUGUUUGACACCUCAAAGGUGCCAGACAUCUACGACAAUGCGCUGUACGACAUGGUCCACAACGAGCACCUCGGGCUGCAGGCCCUAGCCGCGCCGGCUCCGAGAAGGGCUUUGCCGCGCUUGUUCCGCGCCUCGCGCACGCUCGCGUCGUACGUGGUGCCGCAGGAGUACGGCAUCGAGCCGGAGGACAAGGUGACGGUCGGCCUGCAGAUCGCGUGGCAGAUGCUCGCCAAGCUGCUGCAGGACAUGCUUGAGAACGGAGGAGCGGUUGCCUAG